AUGGGCGACUGGAGCUUCCUGGGUGACUUCCUGGAGGAAGUACACAAGCAUUCCACCGUGAUCGGCAAGGUCUGGCUCACGGUCCUCUUCAUCUUCCGCAUGCUGGUGCUGGGCACGGCGGCCGAGUCUUCCUGGGGGGACGAGCAGGCAGAUUUCCAGUGUGAUACGAUCCAGCCGGGCUGCGAGAACGUCUGCUACGACCAGGCCUUCCCCAUCUCCCACAUUCGCUACUGGGUGCUGCAGAUCAUCUUCGUGUCCACGCCCUCCCUGGUGUACAUGGGCCACGCCAUGCACACCGUGCGCAUGGAGGAGAAGCGCAAGUUUCGGGAGGCUGAGGGGGCCAAAGAGGUCCAGGGCGCUGACUCUUACGAGUAUCCCGUGGCCGAGAAGAAAGCGCUGUCCUACUGGGAGGAAGUGAAUAGCAGGAUUGUCCUCCAGGGCACUCUGCUCAACACGUAUGUCUGCAGCAUCCUGAUCCGCACCACCAUGGAGGUGGCCUUCAUUGUGGGCCAGUACCUCCUCUACGGCAUCUUCCUGGACACGCUGCACGUCUGCCGCAGGAGUCCCUGCCCGCACCCCGUCAACUGCUACGUGUCCCGGCCCACCGAGAAGAAUGUCUUCAUUGUCUUUAUGCUGGCUGUGGCCGGACUGUCCCUCUUCCUCAGUCUGGCCGAACUCUACCACCUGGGCUGGAAGAAGAUCAGACAGCGAUUCGCCAAGUCACAGAAGGGCAUGGCUAGGUGCCAGCUUCCCGGUCCCUCCACCGGCGUAGCCCAGAGCUGCACGCCGCCCCCUGACUUCAGCCAGUGCCUGGAGAGUGGUCCUGGGGAGAAAUUCUUCAAUCCCUUCAGUAACAAGGUGGCCUCCCAGCAGAACACGGACAACCUGGCCACUGAGCAGGUGCGAGGCCAGGAGCAGAUUCCUGGGGAGGGCUUUAUUCACAUCCGUUACGCCCAGAAGCCUGAGGUACCCAGUGGAGCCUCCCCAGGUCACCACCACCCCCAGGGCUACCAGAGGGACAAGCGUCGACUCAGCAAGGCCAGCAGCAAAGCCAGCAGCAAGGCCCGGUCAGAUGACCUGUCAGUGUGA